CAGACUGACCGGAGAUUAGCUGGUGCAGCUACCAGAGCAGGAUGUCAAUAUGGCUGCUCAGCUGCUCGUUCCACCCGGACCUGACAGCUUCCGGCGCUUCUUGCCUGAGUCUCUCGCUGCUAUCGAGCACCGCAUCGCAGAGGAGGCGGCCCAACGGCCCAAAGGCGGAAGACGACCUGAUGAUGAUGAUGAAAACGGGCCCAAACCCAACAGCGAUUUGGAGGCGGGAAAAUCCCUGCCCUUCAUCUACGGAGACAUUCCACCCGAAUUGGUGUCCGUCCCGCUGGAAGACCUGGACACCUACUACAGCAACCAAAAAACCUUUAUAGUAUUGAAUCGUGGGAAGACUAUAUUCCGCUUUAAUGCUACGCCGGCUUUGUAUAUUUUGAGCCCCUUCAAUCCAUUGAGGAGAAUCUCCAUCAAGGUCCUGGUGCAUUCAUAUCCUUUAUCAGCUGAAU